UUCUUGGUAUUUUGUGACUGCCAGUGCUGGGCAAGGUACAUGUACACCUCUGCAGUGUCAUAUGUGUCAACAUUUUAAACCAUACUUGUUCUAAGCACUGAGUGGCAUGGUGUUGGCUGACCAAUUGACACGGAUGCUUUGAGGUGCGCACUGAGCACUUACCUGCACACCUGCCACCCACUUUUCAUGCAGGUACAUGCAUCUCAAAGGAGCCAUCUUGAUAUCUGGUGGAGUAAAUGAAUGAGUUUCAGUUAGGAGAGUAAAGGAAUGACAGGUGAAGCGUCCAUAUCAACACUAGGAUCUCAAAGACUGGUGUUUGUCUAAGGUUGAGGGUGAAAAAAUGUUAGCAAUUCAAAGAAGUUCAAAAUGAUUGAGAUAGCAUCUCUUUUGUUCAGUACACUAAUGGCUCACAGUUUUUGGAAAAUGAGUCAAAAUAUUAUCAGAUGAUGGUAGCAGUGGCGAUUAUAGCAUGUAAAUCUUGGUGGGGCAAAAUAAAAAUGCAUGCCAGCAAAGCACUACACAACACUAAACAAUACAUGAAUUGCACUAGAAUGUUGACAAACAGUGCUCACAAACUAUUAGGGCCUAUAUAAAGCUGUCCCAACAGCAGAGCUUUAUUUUCAGCACCAUGGAGUGAAUCCUUACCACCGUUACACCUGGCUAUCAGCGGAGCCUUGUCUGGCAGCGAAACAGUUCAUUCAGCCUCAUUUAAUGCCUUUUUAAAAAACAUGGCUGACUUGCUUAAACAAAUGUGAUUUCUGACAAUUGAGAUGUACAAUCUAUGGCAUGUAAGAGGAUGGCGAGCAGAUAAGAGAAAAUCUGUCUUAAUCUUCGAGUAAGACAAUGAGCGAGCUAGGACUGACGUAGUCAAUAUAGCAUUUUGUACUGCAACAGAAUUCAGAACUUGGGCCAUUCUUAUAGUAUUCUCCCUGUACACAAAGUCAGAACUGUAGGAUAAAUAAAGGGGCAUAUAAGCAGACAAUGAAAGCUCUUACAAAAUGUAUUGAUUACAUUUUUUAAAAACAGGCUAUAGGCUACAUUUGCACCACAAAGUCAGAACAGUAGGCUAAGCUAUGAGGGGGAAAGGCACCAAAUUAUUAGGGUGAGGCACAUGGGCUACUAACAACUUAAUACAUAACAUACUUAGUAUUACUUUCUUAGCUACAGUAAUCAUAUCUCCCUGGCAUAUUACAUAAUGUAUGCGGCGGCAUACAAUAUAUUUUUGGACUCCCCUUGUGCUGUGCUUAUGUAACGGAUGUGAAAUGGCUAACUAGUUAGCGGGUACGCGCUAGUAGCAUUUCAAUCAGUUACGUCACUUGCUCUGAGACGUUAAGUAGGGUUGCCCCUUGCUCUGCGAGGGCCGCGGCUUUUGUGGAGCGAUGGGUAACGCUGCUUCGUGGGUGACUGUUGUUGAUGUGUGCAGAGGUUCCCUGAUUCGCGCCCGUGUCGGGGCGAGGGGACGACGUAAAGUUAUACUGUUACAUUGAUGCUGUUGACCCGGAUCACUGGUUGCUGCGGAAAAGGAGGAGGUUGAAAGGGGGGUGAGUGUAACGGAUGUGAAAUGGCUAGCUAGUUAGCGGGUACGCGCUAGUAGCAUUUCAAUCAGUUACGUCACUUGCUCUGAGACAUUAAGUAGGGUUGCCCCUUGCUCUGCAAGGGCCGCGGCUUUUGUGGAGCGAUGGGUAACGCUGCUUCGUGGGUGACUGUUGUUGAUGUGUGCAGAGGGUCCCUGGUUCGCGCCCGUGUCGGGGCGAGGGGACGCCGUAAAGUUAUACUGUUACACUUACUUGAACCGGAAGGUGGCAUGGCGGUUCUUCGUGGGCAAAUUUUAUUUUCCCAGUCUGAACUCUUUUUUUCUCAGAGUUCCCAGUUCUAUUGAGCGUGGCAGAUGUCAUGCUGGAUUGACAGCAUGGCCGCUGUAUUCAAACUUUUCUGGCCCAUAGUGUGGAAUGUUUAUUCUUUUAAGAUUAGAAAAGAGAAUCUUAAACUCAGACUUGGACCACACACCCACUCCACUGAAUAGCAGGCUAGUGAUUGCUUGGCAACGCUUGCAGUUAGCCACUGAUUCCUUCCAAAACACUAAUUGUUGAAUUCAUGAUUUCCAACUUGUUGUGUAAUGUUCAAUGGUCGAUGAGCACCGGUACGUUUUAUCUAUAAUUUCUCUUCAUAUGACAAUAAUUGAAAAGGAUUUGCCAGUAGAUUGUCAACGUGAUUCAUGAUACUGACUGCUUGUCUAGCUUUCUAGAUAAGAUUUUGAGAGUAUGAUGUUGACAUGAUCAGUCUGAUCAAAGCUACCGUAGAUAUAACGUUAUUUUAAGUAAUUGUAUCUGUGGCCAAUGACCUUGAGCCUUCAUUGAUGGGCACUUCUAAUGUAACUCUAUUAUAGCACACAAGGGGCUUCAAUUUUUGAGCUCCCCCUGUAGAUUUUUGUGGUGAUGUGGUGUCCCCAUGAGUGACAGAACACUGAGACAAUCACGGCGCAACUAGAGAACAUUACCAACCCCGCCACUCUGUAUUUUCCGCUGGCUUCCCCACCACCUCAGAAAGCACUGAGUUAGGCUGGAACACCUGCAUUUUGGAGCUGCCUUACUCAAGAAAGCGAAGAAAAAGUGACCAUGUUUGUAUGUGGCUUUAUUAACUCAAUGAUUAUUUUAACAUUGUUUGUAAAUUGCUAUGUGACACAUAAUGUCAAAAUAACAUGCAAAACAAACAGGUAGCGCACAAAACAGGUUGGGCUCCGCCCCACCUACCCUGAAUGGCGGGUCGCCACUGGAUGGUAGGCUGGUAUGUCCAUAUACAACACUAUCUGCUGCACUAGUCUAUCAACACCAAGAUAAACUUAUUGCGGGGUAUGCAUACAUCAAAACCCUAGCCUUUGAUCAUGACACUGUUUCAUUACAUUACACAAGUCAUUGGACGAAGGCGUCUUUUGUGCGGGGGAGUUUUGUUAAGAGCCUGGCGCUCGGUUUUAACAUCAACACGCAUCGCCUGAGGUCCGGUUUUGGAAGCACAAUGACGUUAUGUUUCAUAUCAGUAAGAAAUCCUUAAACGGUUAAAUUGAAACAACUUUAUAACGUUUGUGUUCCCACACGGCCAUAUCACAGCGCUUGUUUACGGAAAACAAGACUGAAGAAUGCACCUGUACUAUCUAGCGUGCUCUGAACACCUGUGUGUAACUCGGGAAGUGUAGUUUCAGCAGAUGGAGGCACACAGCUGUAUGGGUCUGUUCAAAACUGCCUCAGUAAGUAUAUAUAUAUAUAUUUUUAAGGAUUCUUUCACGCUGUUGAAAGAUAAGGGCCAUAUCGCAAAUUAUGAUUAUUGACGUUAAAACGAAGUUCACAUUCACAGUUCGCUAAAAAUUAGGGAAAUGGCAGAGGAGACCUAGUUUUAAAGAACUACAAAAAAAAACAGGAGGAAAGAGUUCCAGUAUUUGUUACGAGAAACACUGACAUCUCCUGGUAGAUAAUGGCAACGUAUCAAUAUUAAUGAAAUCAGUCUGCGCAGUUCAACAUGAAUUGAAGAUGUAUUACCAAAUGUUAACGUUACCAUUUUGACACUACAUUUAAGAUACCGCUUACAUUUUUUAGUUUGAAAACUUUACAGAGAUGAAACGUAUAUAGGCAAUUUUUCAUUUGAUAGGCACAUGGGGAGAUAGGCAAAGGCACAUUUUUAUUUUUACAAAGGCUAAUUUGUAACCACUAUUUUUGUGGUGCUGUCGUCGCUUCUCCAAGCCUUUUGAUCUAACCGCCAUACUAAAAGCAUGUUCGUUCCUCCCAUCUGUCAGAUUUCUCACAAAUCAUAGAGCAGCCCCCAUGCAAGUUUUCGCUGAACAAGAAACUCGUUUUUUUUUGUCCACCAUGGCAAAGCAGUAUGACGUUUUGCUCAGGUUGCUGCUUUUAGGAGAUUCCGGGGUUGGAAAGACCUGUUUGUUGUGCAGGUUCACGGACAAUGAAUGCCAUUCAUCGCAUAUCUCUACAAUUGGAGUGGAUUUCAAAAUGAAAACAUUAAAAAUAGAUGGCAUUAAAGUGCGAGUACAGAUCUGGGAUACUGCUGGCCAGGAACGGUACCAGACCAUCACCAAACAGUACUACAGACGGGCACAGGGUUUUAUCCUGGUGUAUGACAUCACUAGUUCCCGUUCCUUUCAGCACAUUGUGAAGUGGGCUAGCGAUGUGGAUGAGUUUGCCCUUGACAAGGUGCAGAGGAUCCUGGUGGGGAACAAGGCUGAUGAGGAGCAGAAGAGGAAAGUGCCUAAAGAACAAGGGAACCAGCUAGCAAAAACCUAUGGAAUGGAAUUCUUUGAGACAAGUGCCUGCACCAACUGCAACAUAAAUGAGUCGUUCACCCGGUUGACAGAGCUGGUCCUGCAUGCUCACAAGAAAGAGAUGGAUACCUUCCAGGGUUCAAUUAAUAAAUACCUAGACAUGACUUAUCUGGAGGGAGAGCAGGACAAACAGGACAACUCCCAGAAGGCCUGCGCAUGUUAGCAUGAGGCAAAACUCUCAACCUGGGGGUGUUUGGCUAAAAUAUUUUGUUGUUUUUGCAAUACCUCUGGCCCUGUGACAUAAUGGCAUUGAAAUGAUGAGUAACUUAUUAAAUGUGUGAGGACAGUUGAAGUCGGAAGUUUACGUACACCUUAGCCAAAUACAUUUAAAUUCAGUUUUUCACAAUUCCUGACAUUUAAUCCAAGUAAAAAUUCCCUUUCUUAGGUUAGUUAGGAUCAACACUUUUUAUUUUAGGAAUUUGAAAUGUCAGAAUAAUAGUAGAGCGAAUGAUUUAUUUCAGCUUUUAUUUAUUUUAUCACAUUCCCAGUGGGUCAGAAGUUUACAUACACUCAAUUAGUAUUUGGUAGCAUUGCCUUUAAAUUGCCUUCCACAAGCAUUUGGGUGAAUUUCGGCCCCUUCUUCCUGAAAGAGCUGGUGUAACUGAGUCAGGUCUGUAGGCCUCUGUGCUUGCACAUGCUUUUUCAGUUCUGCCCACAAAUUUUCUAUAGGAUUGAGGUCAGGGCUUUGUGAUGACCACUCCAAUACCUUGACUUUGUUGUCCUUAAGCCAUUUUGCCACAACUUUGGAAGUAUGCUUGGGGUCGGGUGGCGCGGUGGUCUAAGGCAAUGCAUGGUGGCACACUCUGGUGUGCCACCAGAGACUCUGGGUUCGAGCCCAGGCUCUGUCGAAGCCGGCCGCGACUGGGAGGCCCAUGGGGCGGCCGGCUUAGGGAGGGUUUGGCCGACAGGGAUAUCCUUGUCUAAUCGUGCACUAGCGACUCCUGUGGCGGGCUGGGCACAGUGCACGCUGACCAGGUCGCUAGGUGUACGGUGUUUCCUCCGACACAUUGGUGCGGCUGGCUUCCGGGUUGGAUGCGCGCUGUGUUAAGAAGCAGUGCGGCUUCGUUGUGUUUCGGAGGACGCAUGGCUCUCGACCGAACGGGAGUUGCAGCGAUGAGACAAAACUACUAACGAUUGGAUACCACGAAAUUGGGGAGAAAAAAGGGGGUAAAAAAAAUAUAUAUAUCCACAUCAUUUCCCUCCUCAUGAUGCCAUCUAUUUUGUGAAGUACACCAGUCCCUCCUGCAGAAAAGCACCCCCACAACAUGAUGCUGCCACCCCGUGCUUCACGGUUGGGAUGGUGUUCUUCGGCUUGCAAGCACUUUUCCUCCAAACAUAACGAUGGUCAUUAUGGCCAAACAGUUCUAUUUUUGUUUCAUCAGACCAGAGGACAUUUCUCCAAAAAGUACGAUCAUUGUCCCCAUGUGCAGUUGCAAACCAUAGUCUGUCUGUUUUAUGGCUGUUUUGGAGCAGUGGCUUCUUCCUUGCUGAGCGGCCUUUCAGGUUAUGUCGAUAUAGGACUCAUUUUACUGUGGAUAUAGAUACUUUUGUACCAGGUUCCUCCAGCAUCUUCAAAAGGUCCUUUGCUGCUGUUCUGGGAUUGAUUUGCACUUUUUGUACCAAAGUACGUUCAUCUCUAGGAGACAGAACGUGUCUCCUUCCUGAGCGGUAUGACAGCUGCGUGGUCCCAUGUUGUUUAUACUUGCGUACUAUUGUUUGUACAGAUGAACGUGGUACCUCCAGGCAUUUUGAAAUUGCUCCCAAGGAUGAACCAGACUUGUGGAGGUCUACAAUUUUUUUUCUGAGGUCUUGGCCGAUUUCUUUUGAUUUUCCAAUGAUGUCAAGCAAAGAGGCACUGAGUUUGAAGGUACGCCUUGAAAUACAUCCACAGGUACACUUCCAAUUGACUCAAAUGAUGCCAAUUAGCAUUUCAGAAGCUUCUAAAGCCAUGACAUAAUUUUCUGGAAUUUUUCAAGCUGUUUAAAGGCACAGUUAACUUACUGUAUGUAAACUUCUGACUCACUGGAAUUGUGAAAUAAUCUAUCUGUAAACAAUUGUUGGAAAAAUUACGUGUCAUGCACAAAGUAGAUGUCCUAACCGACUUGCCAAAACUAUUUGUUAACAAGAAAUUUGAGGAGUGGUUGAAAAACAAGUUUUAAUGACUCCAACAUAAGUGUAUGUAAACUUCCGACUUCAACUGUAUGUUCGGUGUUUACUGAAUAUUGCCCUUGCUUUUGCUCAGAUUGAUGCAUUUUAUAGUUUUACUCACUGUUAAAUCUUCAUGUGUUUUAUAGUUACUUGACUUUCAUGUUUUAUUACCCGGCUUUGCAACACACAAACUGAUGGCACCCUGAGUUGAGUAGUCAACAUGUAAUAAGAAGAUUUGCCUGCAGAUGGGCUGCUGUCUGCAACGCUACACUGAAAGUUGCAGCUCCACGCCUGUUUGGAUCGACACGGUAUACUUAAGCUUACCCCUGUAUUAUUUGUUGCCACCAGGGGCGUCAUGCACACCAAAAAUCUGAGAGGCACAAAGUACAUGAGGAUGGUUGGCAGGUGGACCAGAAGAAGGCUCAAUUUAGCUUUUUCCUGCAUCUAGAGCCAUCACUAUGCUUAAUUUUAUAUCCAUUUCUUCCUGCAUAUCUAAGCAUACCUCUUGAGCUGUCUAUUCUCCUGACUGGUGCAUAUUUGUUUUUAGAGACUAAAAUCUUGGUAAAAUAUUGAAA